ACCACUUGUGUAUAACUUGAACGUACUAUCGAAUUUAAAAAACUUUUCUACAUCAUUAUGAAGUUCCAACUGGGGCUUAUUUCUUUGGCACUGAAAUUCGUUUUUUAUUUAUCUACGGAGGUUAGUGGAGAUGGCGAAGACGAUUAUAUUCGAAAAUCGGGGCGUCAACAAAUUAUAAGAAUGGCUGCACUAAGACCAACUGCCUCAGAAAUAACCAGUGCAAUGUCGGAUUCAGAAAUUUUUCGAAAUAUUCAAGUGGAAGAUUUACAACAAUUCUUCUAUGGUGGACAGUAUCCAGUUGAAUUUAUUCGGCUAUUAAACGGAUACAAGACAUUGAGUUCCGAGCCCAUUCAAUUAAGCGACGAAGAAAUAACAACACUUAACUCAAAUUACAACGAAGGAUCAAAAACCAAUAGAAUCCUUACUCAACUUAAAUUCUGCCGCAAAAUGCAAGAAAUACAGUGCACUAAUAUUGUACUUUUGAAGUUUAGUUUAUCGGAAAUCGAAAGUUCUUUGGACGAUAUUGCCAAAUACGUAUACAAUAUGAUAGAAAUGUCGUACAGAGCAAGAUUCCCGGUGAGCGAAUGGCUUUGGAAACUGUAUAUACAUCUACAGUGUUAUAAAACCACACCUUUAGAAGAACACUCACCGGAGAUUAACGAAACCCUUAGGAAAUUGAUAACGUUGUGUCAUGAAAAUAAAUAUCUAAAGGAAAAGUCUGACGACAUUUUAAACAUGUAUGAUGACAAAUUUCAAUGUUUCGUCAAGGGCAAGGAACAAUUUCCAUUGAAUGCUAAAAACUUAUUAGUGGAAUCUAUGUGGGCUUCUUCAGGUAUCGCUUUCGAAGACUUCCCUGGCCUCACCUUUAAAGGGUAUAUUAUAUACGGUAUAUUCGAAAAGGAAAUUGAAAAUAUAAGGUAUCAAUACAAUAAAUAUGAAUGGGCAACAGAACCUUUUAAACACAAAAAAUAUCUAGAAAUAAUUUUGGACGUCUUAAAGGCACAAUUUUACGGCUAUGUUUGGAUAUUUUUAGUUAGUUAUCAAAAGAUAGUCGCAUCUACAAAAGAAAAAUUAAACUACACAGCGGAAAUGCGGACCAGUCUUCAAAGCGACUAUGAAAGAUUACUAUUUCAUGUAAAUAAAGUAUUAUUCUUUGCUUACAUUGAUGAACAAUUAUUUAACGAAGUACUAAUUUUAUUGAGUGAAAUAUAUGAGCCCGAUGACAAGAAGAUAUCUCAUACUGUAGACAAAUUAGCAAAAGAAGUAAACCACAUACUGGGAACUUAUAUUAAACCAAAUAAUGGACAUAAAGUGGCUGAAAUUGAUACUAAAUACGUCGAACGACAUUGUAAAACUGAUCCCGAAUUUUUAAGAAAUCAAUUAGGAAUGUUUAGAAAGUUCUUCCGUGAAACUGAAGAAAGGCAGGUAAAAUUAAAAUUAAACAUUCUAUCGUUUUAUAUAAAUGUAAACAGAUCCGUCGACUUUGUAUUCCCGAAUAUAUAACAAAGAAACUUUUAAUAUUUUUUAAAUAAUAAAAUUCGUUUGAUUAUAACAUUUUGUUUACAUUAAAGGUUAUUAACAUUUUACUAAAUAUAAAACUCAUUUUACUAAAGAAAUUGAU